AUGAACGGCAUGUCAAAAACCAAGAAGGGUCUGGGCGACUCUAUCUGGGCCGCCCGAGGCAAAGCCCAACCUUUGUACAAAUACCAGUCAAACCAGUACCAUUCCUCCAUCAUCACACCCGCCACACCGAGACCCCCGUCCCCGGUCAAGAACGGCGCCUACCGACCCGCCACGACUACCUCCACGUCCGGGACGGCUACGCCCAACAGCCACGACAGCGGGAACACAAACACGAACGCAACCUCCUCUCACGCACCUCGGCCGAGCGGCGGCCCCUCGGCGCAGCAGGAGUUCAAGCGGUACAUUCAGAUCGUCCGCCGGCUGAAGUGGAAGCUGCCGUACCUGAGCCACGGGUACCACCACGCCAUAGCACGGCCUGAAUCCCCGCUGUACGGGGGCGAGACGGACGCCGAGGAGGCGGAGCUCAUGUUCAAGCUCGACUUUUACGAGUAUUACAUGUUGCUGGAGCGGGCGUUGGUGCAUUUGAUGGGCGUGUUUGGGAUCACCAUUUCGCGGGACGGGUGGGUCACCACGACAUCAACGACGAGGCAGGGGAACGGGACGCAGCGGGCGACGCACACGUAUCAUCGGAACGUGAUUGCGGCGCUGGAGAAGGAGGAUAAUCCGCUUCACGGGGCGUUGGGGAGCGGAGAGGUUGUGUUUCAGCUGUUGAGGGCCAAGGAGCUGCGGAACCGGUGGAAGUAUGCCGAGGACCCGGCGGACCCGGACGGUAACGGGAGCGGGAACGGGGGCGCGGGGAGGGGGGCCGUGGCGGGUGGGAGGGGCAGCAUGGCGGCGAGGGAGAGGGCUGGGACGGCGCCGUUGGAGAGCUACGACCUGGACAGGAUUUUUAGGUACAUCUUUGCCGGGUUUGAUGCUGGGUAUGCGGUUGCGGAGCAGUGGGUGCAGGCGGAGAUGGGGGCUGGUAGUGGUGGUGGUGGUGGUGCUGGCGGUGGUGGUGCUGGUGGAGGGGUUGUUGAGAUGGAGGAGGACGAGUUUGAUUUCAUGGUUGAGGCUAUGGAUUGGGAGGCUGUUUAG